GUUUUUGAGUGUCCGGCUCUGUGAGGUUAAGUAUGUUCAUGUUGUGCAACUGUCACCACCAUCCAUCUCCAGAGCUGCCUCAUUUGCCUCAUUCGGGCUGAAACUCAGUACCAUUGAACAGCUCCCCGCUCUCCUCACCCCCCAACCCUGGCCCGUUGUUCUACUCUCCAUGUUUCUAAAUUUGAUUUUUAGGAAUCUCACAUAAGAGGAAUCCUAGGGUAUUUGUCCUUUUGUGACUGAGUGGUUUCCAUUUUGUGGAACGUCUUCAAGGCUGAUUCACUGGUCAAGUUAAGUAGGGAUGGUAGCGUGGGUCCUGGGAGGCCUGCUCGAAUCCAGUGAAAGGGAGAGCUUUUCAACAGACUUGUCUCCUGACGGCCGUGUGUGCCGUGGCGUGCUCCGUCACCAGCAGCGGCCAGUGGGGGCUCUUGUAGAAGAGAGGCCCGUGUCGGGGGAGGUCCACCCCGCUCGAGAUGCUCUCCAAAGCUGCAUUCCCGGCUAGGAUGCUGGGAUUCUGGGACUGGGUCCCGCCUCUGUCAGAGCAUUUUGCUUCAUCUUCCCAUGUGCACAUGUACGUGAGAGCUGCUCUCCCUUGGCCGCUCUGCUGGAAACCCUUCCUCCUUUCUUGCCAGAGUUGUGGAGUCUUGGACUUGAUGGAAACUGUGGAGGCACUCGGGUCCAGCCUCCCCUCCAGCCAGUGAGGGAAGCCCCCGUGCAGCUCCCCGAGACCUUGCCCACCUGUGCUCGCUCGGAACCGCCAGGGAUGAGCCGCCUCCUGAGAGCCUCCUCUGCUGUUCCUUAGAGGGAUAGAUCACUGCCACUGCCCCUACUUCUGUCGGCCUCCUUUCUGCUUUAUGGAUCUUUCUUGGAUGUGAAGCUUCCUCCUCGGGCGCCACUGCAGUCAGAUCAUCGUCCUGUAGCUUGGGGACCUUGGUUCAUUCCAGCAUAGGCCCCUGCCUGAAGAGAGCCCAGUCCCGGCCCUACUUGCUUCCUGGGGGCAAGGCUGCCAAGUCUUCCCUCAUCGUGACAGUUGGCCUCACUCAUGCUGGGUGGCACGUGGCUGGCUUAGGUGUUUGGAGAGUGAACGCCAGGUCCCCCCCUCUUCCCUUCAGCCCCUCUGACCUCGAGGACACGCCCAGCCCCAUCAUGGCGGCGGAGACCCUCAAUUUUGGGCCUGAGUGGCUGAGGGCCCUUUCCAGUGGCGGCAGCGUGGCCUCCCCACCCCCAUCCCCUGCCAUGCCCAAAUACAAGCUGGCUGACUAUCGCUACGGGCGAGAAGAAAUGCUGGCUCUCUACGUCAAGGAGAACAAGGUGCCGGCUGAGCUGCAGGACAAGGAGUUUGCCAUGCUCCUGCAGGAGGAGCCCCUGCAGCCCCUGGCGCUGGAGCCUCUGACUGAGGAGGAGCAGAGAAACUUCUCCCUGUCAGUGAACAGUGUGGCUGUGCUGAGGCUGAUGGGGAAAGGGGCUGGCCCCCCCCUAGGUGGCACCUCCCGUGGCAGGGGCAGCACUCGGAGCCGAGGCCGAGGCCGUGGUGACAGUUGCUUUUACCAAAGAAGCAUUGAGGAAGGCGAUGGGGCCUUUGGCCGAAACCCCCGGGAGAUCCAGCGUAGCCAGAGUUGGGAUGACAGAGGCGAGAGAAGGUUUGAGAAGUCGGCCAGGAGGGAUGGAGCACGAUCCGGGUUUGAGGAGGGAGGGGCUGGCCCGAGGAAGGAACAUGCCCGCUCAGAUAGCGAGAACUGGCGUUCUCUUCGAGAGGAGCAAGAGGAAGAGGAGGAGGGCAGCUGGAGACUUGGGGCAGGACCCCGGCGAGAUGGCGACCGCUGGCGCUCAGCCAGCCCUGAUGGCGGUCCCCGCUCUGCUGGCUGGCGGGAACAUGGGGACCGGCGUCGCAAGUUUGAAUUUGAUUUGCGAGGGGAUCGAGGAGGGUGUGGUGAAGAGGAAGGGCGGGGUGGGGGAGGCAGCUCUCACCUCCGGAGGUGCCGAGGGCCUGACGGCUUUGAGGAAGACAAGGAUGGGCUCCCGGAGUGGUGCCUGGAUGACGAGGAUGAAGAGAUGGGCACCUUCGAUGCCUCUGGGGCCUUCCUGCCUCUCAAGAAGGGCCCCAAGGAGCCCAUUCCUGAGGAGCAGGAGCUCGACUUCCAGGGCCUGGAGGAAGAGGAGGAAGAGCCUCCUGAAGGGCUAGUAGACGAGGGGGGGCCUGAGGCAGGAGGGAAGGAACUGACUGCACUGCCUCCUCAGGAGGAGAAGUCCAGUUCCCCAUCCCCACUGCCCACCUUGGGCCCCCUCUGGGGAGCUAAUGGGGAAGGUGACGACGCUGCAGACAAGGACCUGCUGGCAGCUGAAGACGAUCUGAGGGGAAUGCCGCUGAGUCCUGGAGUAGGCUCAUCCUCUGGCCCGCCUGGAGAUCUGGAGGAUGAUGAAGGCCUGAAGCACCUGCAGCAGGAGGCGGAGAAGCUGGUGGCCUCCCUGCAGGACAGCUCCCUGGAGGAGGAGCAGUUCACGGCCGCCAUGCAGGCCCAGGGCCUGCGCCACUCAGCAGCUGCCACUGCCCUCCCCCUGAGCCACGGUGCGGCCCGGAAAUGGUUCUACAAGGAUCCCCAGGGGGAGAUCCAAGGCCCAUUCACGACACAGGAGAUGGCAGAGUGGUUCCAGGCGGGCUAUUUCUCCAUGGCGCUGCUUGUGAAGCGGGGCUGUGAUGAGGGCUUCCAGCCACUGGGUGAGGUGAUCAAGAUGUGGGGUCGUGUGCCCUUUGCCCCGGGACCCUCGCCACCCCCACUGCUGGGCAACAUGGACCAGGAGCGGCUGAAGAAGCAGCAGGAGCUUGCCGCGGCCGCCCUGUACCAGCAGCUGCAGCACCAGCAGUUUCUGCAGCUGGUCGGCAGCCGGCAGCUCCCGCAGUGCGCGCUCCGGGAAAAGGCGGCUCUGGGGGACCUGAGCCCGCCGCAGCAGCAGCUCACCGCCUUCCUGCAGCAGCUCCAAGCUCUCAAACCGCCCAGAGGCGGGGACCAGAACCUGCUCCCGACCAUGAACCGGUCCUUGUCAGUGCCAGAUUCGGGCUCCCUCUGGGACAUACAUACCUCAGCCUCAUCACAGUCAGGCGGUGAGGCCAGUCUUUGGGACAUACCAAUUAACUCUUCGACUCAGGGUCCAAUUCUAGAACAACUCCAGCUGCAGCACAAAUUCCAAGAGCGCAGAGAAGCGGAGCUCAGGGCGAAGCGGGAGGAGGAGGAGCGCAAGCGGCGGGAGGAGAAGCGGCGGCAGCAGCAGCAGGAGGAGCAGAAGCGGAGGCAGGAGGAGGAGGAGCUGUUUCGGCGCAAGCAGGUGCGGCAGCAGGAGCUCCUGCUGAAGCUGCUGCAGCAGCAGCAGGCGGUGGCCGCUGUCCCGGCGCCCCCUGCGCCCCCGGCGCCCAGCUCCCCGCCCCCGCUGUGGGCCGGCCUGGCCAAGCAGGGGCUCUCCAUGAAGACGCUGCUCGAGCUGCAGUUGGAGGGUGAGCGGCAGCUGCACAAGCAGGCCCCGUCCCGGGAGCCGUCGCGGGCCCAGGCCCCCAACCACCGCGUGCUUGGGGGCCUGGGUUCGGCCCCCCUGAACCAGUGGGUAUCUGAGGCCGGGCCACUGUGGGGCGGGCCCGACAAGAGUGGGGGCGGCAGCGGCGGCCCGGGGCUCUGGGAGGACACCGUCAAGAGCGGCGGGAGCCUGGCCCGCGGCCUGGGCCUGAAGAACAGCCGGAGCAGCCCCUCUCUCAGUGACUCGUACAGCCACCUGUCCGGUCGGCCUGUGCGCAAAAAGACCGAGGAGGAAGAGAAGCUGCUGAAGCUGCUGCAGGGCAUCCCCAGGCCCCAGGACGGCUUCACCCAGUGGUGUGAGCAGAUGCUGCACACGCUGAGCACCACAGGCAGCCUGGAUGUACCCAUGGCUGUAGCGAUCCUCAAGGAGGUGGAAUCCCCCUACGAUGUCCACGAUUAUAUCCGUUCCUGCUUGGGGGACACGCUGGAAGCCAAAGAAUUUGCCAAACAGUUCCUGGAGCGGAGGGCCAAACAGAAAGCCAGCCAGCAGCGGCAGCAGCAGCAGGAGGCAUGGCUGAGCAGUGGCUCCCUACAGACAGCCUUUCAGACCAACCACAGCACCAAACUCGGCCCUGGGGAGGGCAGCAAGGCCAAGAGGCGGGCGCUCAUGCUGCACUCAGAUCCUAGCAUCUUGGGCUACUCCCUGCACGGACCUUCUGGUGAGAUCGAGAGCGUGGAUGACUACUGACCAGCCCGUCCCACCAGCCCCUGGGCUGUAAGCCAGGGGCGGCAGCAGCGGCUUGGACCCUUGGGUCCUCAGCCUGCAGGCUCCCCACAAGGAGCAUAGGAGGAAGCAGGGGCAGGGUCCCCAGCACUUGUUACAAACCACACGAUGCACCUUAAUUCACCCACCACGAGGCACUUUACAGAUUGGGGGGGAAGGGUUUUUGUUUUUUGGGGUUUUUUUGUUUUUGUUUUGUUUUUGUUUUUUCUUUGAAAAAAAAAAAAAUUUAAACAACCCUGAAGAAAACGUUAGGAGAGAAAAAAAAAAAAAUUGUUAAAAACUAGACUCUAAGCACCCCUUCCCCCUCUAGGGACAGUGAGGGUGACAGUGGAAGGUCCACAGAGGUUUUUUGGGAUUUUUGGUUUGGUUUUGUUUUGUUUUGUUUUUAA